ACCUUGUACUUUCUGCUUCUCUGCAAGAUUCAAGUAUUGAUUUACGACGUCGAGAAAUUCUGUGUGAACGUUUGUAUAUACAUUGUGUGAUGAGCAAGGAAUGUGGGAUCGUAUCAAUCAACUCAAGAUGGAUGAAAUCCGGCAAAGCGCACAAUUUUGUUUUUAUCGGUAAGGAAAUCGUGGCGACGGCUUCCGGGAUUUACGUGAGCUUUUUGAAUCUGAACACGAGAGAAAGGCGGAUCGAACGUUUCGACAACAAGGAAAGAGGCGAUGGCGCAUCCUGUUUGGCUGGACAUCCGGUAGUGUCAAUGUUUUCUGUAGCCGAAAGAAAACUUAGUCCUAAAAUAACAAUAUUCAUGUAUCCAACGCUGCAUAAAAUCUCAACGUGUGUACUAAUUGGCAAUAUAAAUGGCUACUUGUCCUGUUCAUUUGCUGGUACGGAAUAUCUCGUAAGUCUGACUAGUUUUCCUGGUUUUCGGUUGAUCGUGUGGGUCUGGAAAACCGGUGCGCAAGUCGCAACGCUCGAAACAAAGACAAACGAUCUUGUUCAAGACAUUUGUUGCUCCUCAAAUUUUCCACAUUUAAUAUCGCAGCACGGUUACGUCGGUAACACGCUUUCGAUUUAUCAAUUGCGCACGUGCUCGAAAAUCGUGAGCGUACAUCACGUGGACGCGCCACUUCCGGAGCACGGAGUUGUGUCCUUGUCCUGGACAGCGGAAGGAAAUGUGUUCGUCUCAGACGAAUUGGGCAAUGUAUGGCUCAUUGCGAUAGAGAGUGGCAAGUUGUACUCGGUAGUACAGUCGAGAACACGCGUACAAACGUCGAAGAACAAAUCAAUCGUUGUUGCGUAUAAAAUUGGAGUGAUAGUCGCGAAUGCUGAUAAUAAAAUUGCUUUUUACAAGAGGUCAUCGGCAGACUGGAAAAUGUCGUGGCAACUCGUGUGGUCGAUUUCGAUUUCCGGUCCCAUUCGAGUAGGAAGAUAGCAUUGCUCCAAAAACGGAAUUUUGUUUCACUCAGGAAACGGAGAAAUUUUCGAGAUCAGUGCGCAGCAGAACAACGAUCCUCACAUCGAAAUUAUCUGCGCGGACGAGAUAGAAUACAAAGCGCUGGUUUCCAUAUCUCAGCGCACAGAUCACGUCGCGGCGAUAGAUCGGUUAGAUCGUCUCUGCAUUGUUGAAUUGUCGACCGGCAAACUUGAUGCAAGAUUAUCUCUCAGUCAUCACGGCAAAGUUCUUCAAAUGGAAUCACAUCCUGUUUUACCAAUAAUUGCAUUGUGCAGCGAUACUGGCAACUGCAUACUUAUUAACAUUGCAAUUAUUUCAUCGCUCAAAAUUCUCAAGUGUUUUCAUCUUCACGGAGAUUGUCUUGACAGAAUGAAAUUUUCACUCUGCGGCAAAACUUUAGGAAUAGGCAAUUCUCACAAUGGCAUAUUAUUUGUUAUUGGUAUACGAACUCGGCAAAAGCGAGAUGUACUAGGAUUUGUAGAAAUUGAUGGAUACAUCGCUGACUUUCUGAUAUACGAAAGAAGUAACGAUAAUUUUGAAAUAUUGGUUCUCGCAGCUAAUCCUUCCACAGCUUCGCUCGGCGGUAAUAAAGUAAUAGUAUACACUUGCGACAUCGCAAUUGAUUUCUGCGCAAGCGUCACGUGUGUAAUAGACUUACCAGAACCUUUCGAGAUGCUCGGUCACGAGCCAAAUAAAUCCCUGGAUAUAUUAGGCAUACCUUCCUUAUCGAAACAAAUAUUUCAAAUGGAACUACAGAACAAUUUUCAAGACAUCGUUCUGACGACAGCAGUUUCCUCAAUGCACCAAAUGAAAAAAAUCGGAAUAAACGCGACUGAUUCUCGUGUCAUAACAUACGGCUACGACGGUUUGAUUGUGGUCAGAAGCAGCGCGGAGCUUCGUAAAGCAAUUGCAAUUUUUAUGCCUCAUCAUCGCAGCGAAGGAGGUGUAAAAAAAUGUGCGGCUUCCUCGCGCUUUGGAGAAAUAAUCGUUUCUCUGGGUAGAAACGGAGAUCUCGUUGCUACGCAAAUACGUUUACCGGAAAUAAAAAUGAAAAUGGUAAAAAACGAAGCUGUAAAAGUAUCAAAAGACGACUUCGCUUUUGAUUCAAACGAACUUUACGAUCUUAAAGAAGAAACUUGGCUGAGCAGCGUGGUCGCCGCUAAACUAAAAAUUAUGCAUGAUAAAGCCUUGCUUUUGCGAACGUCUGUCUUGGUCGAUUUGAAGAAAAUAAAAACUCGGAUACGAGAGCUUCUUGAUAUGAACGAGAGCAAAUCGCCGGACGCUAGAUUACCGAUCUCGGCCUUUGAUUUAGACCGCGAGUUUCGGCAACGAAGAAUAGAAAAGGCAAGACUCGAACGAAACAAAGUGCGUCGAGAUAUUGAGAAAGAGUGCGCUCGGCGUGAUCUAAUUGCAUCGUAUCUACGGAAGAUGUUCUGGGAAUCGCUUCAGGUUAAACCAGGUGCUCUCAAAUCUAUCGGCGACGAUACGACAGUUCGAAAUUACCCCCUAAUUGAAACAAAUCUGAGAUUAAACGAUUUCGAAGUGUGGAAUAAGCUUUCCUCGGAAGCCGCUGAGUUUCUGUACAGUUGCGAAAUACAUGAGGAAAAAAAAGAGCGUGCAGUAAUUAAUUCCGAUGAAGAAACUUUAGCAAUAAGCAAUGAGAAUAACAAAGUGCACAAAAUAGCCCAAACCUGGUUCAAUCUGGCAAAUGAAGUUGAAAAAUUGCACAUAUCGGGUGUCACGACUUUCAAAUGGAUUGAAGACGAGAGCGUGGUCUUAACGCACCAGUUAUUAGCUUCGUGUGACAAUCGUCUUGAAAAUAUCCUGAAGAAAGAUGCUGUAAUCGAAGGUCGAGAGCGUAAAUUGAAGAUGUAUUUUAAUGACCUCUUCGAGGAAAUGAGACGUGCGAAGGAACGUGAAUUAAAAUGCGCGAAGGAGCGUAUUGACAGGCUUCGCCAUUGCACUUUCGAAUUGAAGACAAUUUACGGAAUAGAUUAUUUUCUCGAACCAAUUGAAACGCCGACCUGGUAUGUCGAUGAAAUACCCGAUUACGUAGUCACUGUGAAAGAUUGCGAAGUGUUUGAGAAACAAGUCGACGAGAAUCGGAAUGAUGAAGAAAAACACAAAAAGACAAGUAAUUUUUAUAUAAAAACUCUUAAGAAGAUGAUGAACGGUGUGCUGGAACCGAAAUGGGAAGACGAAGUAAAAAAGACAGUACCUAUACCAAGAUGUAUGAUUACAAAGGAACCUUCGAAAUACACUGUCGAAGACAUUGCUAUGAUAGCGUUGUACAAAUUCAAAUUACAAGCGCUUCGAAAGAAACGAGAAAAAUAUAAAGUUUUAUUGCAAGCUGAGAUCGCGGAAAUAAAAGAAGCUUUGCAAAGAGACAUUGCGACUUUCAACGACAAGAUGAAAGAUCUGGAAUUGACAAAAAUACAGAUCGAAUGCGCGAUUCUUCAGGAAAGACUGCUGAGAAUACGCGCGAUUCAAAGACACCGAACGGAAGUCGAUGGCAAGCAAGAAAUCGUUUGUUUUGCCGUUGAAGAAGUUGAACCCGCUACGCGAGAAGCUCGCAAACUCGCCGAGGUAUGCACCUCGCUCGAGACGAUCGUGUCGGAGCUGAAAUCGCGAUAUGAGAAUCUCUGCAAAGCUGAUAAACGUCAGGAAAUCAAGUUCCGCGGCGAAUUCGCGGACCUGAAGCAGCCGAUGGUAGAGCAUUUGUUGAGACACUAUAAGAAACGACCCAGAUCCAGUCGAUUCGUCACCACGUCCGUCAUAUAUCUGACGGAAGUAGCUAAGUGCGUCACAGGUUGCGAGAAGUCAGACAUCCUGCCGCGCGAAUGUCUGGACUUUCUGAGGGACAUGGACGCUUUGGACGUGAUGCCGGGAAACUUGCCGUCGCAGAUCAGUGUCAAUUACUGGCGAACGAUGUGCAAGCUGAGAAGGGCGAAGGUCGAAGUGGAGAUAAAGGUAGAAAGAAUGAUAUACUUUCGUAAGGGAUGCAAAAAUAUAUAUAUCAAUAUUCAAGUUCAAUUUGUAACAAUUAAAACGACUGAAAAGGUGAGAUGCUGCGCGGUGGAAGUGGCCGAAGCGGAACAAACGCUGUCAUUUUACCAGAAGACGAUAUGUUCCAUUGACAAUGUCGUGGCGAACAAGAAGCUCAGUCUAGACAAGAAGAAAGAUUCCUUGGCGCAAUUUGCGGAGGAUAUGGAGAUUCAACUGGUCUUGAAAAUGGAUCAAAUCGAGAUUCAGUUGCUAGGUAGUCCCGUCGACUGCGUAGACGCUGUUCUCGUAACGCGCGGAGAAUUGUUGCGCGUCAACGACCGUAUUACGGACGCUGGCAGGAGCAAGUUGUCGGCGAUGCACGAAUCGAUGCACUUCCGAAAGAUCCUGUCUCAUCACGAGUGGCAGCAAACCUGCGCGAGAAUGACAUGGAAUGAUUUAGAGCAGGAACUGAAGGAUGUUGAAAAGUUCAAGAUCACGAGAAAUGUGUUGGAAUUGUUGAACUGUCAUUCAACCGACGCCAAUUUGGACGAGGGUUGCGAAACGAUGCAAGCUAGUUUGCAAAUAUUUCGAGAUAGAUUUCGUCAACUGUUGGAACUAGAACAGACGCGUUUGAAAGAAACCAAACGAAUAAUGGCAAAAUGGAGGAAGAAAACCGACAAAAUUGCCAGAAACAUCAGAUUGAAACAGUCGGAUGUUGAGGAAAAUCGCAAAUUAAUCAACGAUUUGUCAAGCAGAAAUGAGAAGUCCCGAAGAAUAAAACUCACAGCGAUCGCGAGACGUACCAAACUCGUGAUGAAACUGGAAGAAAAUUACGAGCAGCUGCUGGCUUUACACGCUCGUUUGGAAGUGUUGAAGUUGCGAACUUAUCCGACUUUACAGUUUAACAAAAAUAUUUUCAUAUAGUCGAGAUAUAAUAGCCACCCACAAGAUCUGCUUAUGACACAAUUUCACGUAUUACAUGUUGCUCGCGACACAGCGACUUGGCCCGCAACGAGAGAUAAGACUUUAUUUUUACGUGAUUAUUUUUGAGAAAGAACAUCAACAACACAUUUAUUAUCAAUUUAAAAAGUAACAUACCAAGAACGAGAACAGAACUUAAUGCUUCAGUUAUGUAAUAAACGAUUACGUGAUAAACGAUUUGUUUUCCUUAUCAAUCAAAGACAUAGAAUGUGUUUCUGCAUUAACCUGUGCUUGUUCAAUAUUGACAAUUAAAACGAAAGAACUAACAAAAGCUAUCAAGAUCAUAAAAAAAUCAAGAAAGGCACAUGAUUUGAAAAAUGGAAAUAUACAAAAAAACAUGCAAGCUUCUCGGAGAUAAACUACAGAAACCGAAGAGUAAUGUCGAAAAAGUAACGCCGAAUAAUAAUUAUUUAAUGUUGACAAGUGAUAUUCAUUCUAUCUCUUUUUUAUCUAUGUUUCUCUUUGUAUGCGUGUGUACAUAUGUGACACAUCAUUAUAAAUAUUCUCGAUAUACAUUCUUUAUAUCGAACUCGGAGAGAGAAAGAAAGAGAGAGAGAUUAUGCUCUUAUCAACUGUGAUGUUUUGUAACAACUCGUAUAUACAUAUGAGACGCCUUGCACGAUUUCUUUAUUCAGCUUGUAAUCUGUUUAACUCGUGUAUAAGCGGAAAAGAGAAAAAGCGAAUAUUGUCGUCGCAUGAUUUUAGCAGGGGAAUUACCACGAGUAAUUUUCCUGUGUCAACAAAAGCACAUACGUGCUUUCACACGAUGUACACAACAUAACGAAUGUCUCUCUCUCUCUCUCUCUCUCUCUCUCUCUCUCUCUCUCUCUCUCUUUCUGCGCGUAUGUGUGCGUGCGUUGAACUCUAAAGUUCCGAACGAAACUGUCCUUGGUCGGAAACCAAGGACGUGGAUUCGCCGAACAAAACUAACCGAGAAGACACGAGUUAAAUGCUUGAAUCGCGAUGAGGCAAAUGCAGAUGCAUAGGAUUGAAUAAACGAAAGCAACAAGUCUUUUCAAGGAUAUUUCGCGAUGUUGCAGACUCGUCCUGGAAAAGUACCGGACAUGUUAACACCCGCAGCGGAUGCUCGUGAACUCGAUACGCAAAGAUUUAACAAGAUUACUUAUAUACGUACACAUCUAAUUUAAUUUAUAUUUGUUUUAAAGAUUUAAACGAAAUAUUUCUUUAUUUCUUACAAAUCAGGAUGUAAUCUCGUUUUUAUUCUACAGCAGGUUUAAUUAAAUAUUUUGUCCUCUCGCGAUUGUUUUUCUAAAAAUCUGCGCGCGACAAGGUUGGCAAUGCAAACGUCGAUAUACAAAAGAGAAGAGCAAUCGAAUAGAUAAUGACGAUGGCGUCAUUUGAGCAAAACGAACUGGGAAAGACCAACCGUCGAAGAGGUCACUAAG